CACAGUCGUAUUUCCAGAAAGUGAAGUAAAUCUUGCUCUGAAUCCGCCUGGAGACUUGACUUGGCAUUUCUUCGACAUCAUUUACAUGGAUCGCAGUCUAGACUCCAUUGGCAGCUGUUCACUCGAUGUAGACGCCGACUCCUCCGACAUAUCAGACACUAGUGACAGCCUAAACUUUCCUACGCCGCUCUCCGUUAAGGACAUAACCCGUGAGUUCACCGCCAACCUUCGCGAGCGCUGUGUACUCCGCUCGCCGCAGAACACAACCUCCGCCUACGUGAAACCUGUGUCGACCGGGCUGGUGCGGAUGGUGCUGUCGCCCGUCGUCCUGGAAUCCGCCCGGGAGCCAAACGUCGAUGUCCCUGCAGUGAUUUCCGUUGAAAAUUCGCCAGAUGCCGCUGCUGCCGAAAAAAAGCCCAGUUAUUUGAACCUGGCCUGCUGCGUCAACGGCUACUCCAACCUGACCACAUAUGACUCCAAGAUCCGCCAGGAUAUUAACAAGUCACGCGAAGUAUCGCCAAUUCGUCCCUCUACCAGUAGUCUGCAGUAUUGCAGGCGGAGCCACUCUUUGGCGGCUCCAGUUCUGCACAGCAUGCCUUCUCCGGUGGGCAAGUACAACCCGAUCGAACCAAACAUUAAAAGCAAUGACCGCAACGUGGACAACGGAGCGGAUCGUGGCGUGUCCAAUGGAAAUGGUAGCUUUAUAAAACAGCGAGUGGAGAGACUUUACGGGCCGGGAGCACUGGCGCAGGGCUUCUACAGCCCCAAGAAGAACAGUUUGUCCCCAUCACCGGCAUUGGAGCGGACGUCAAAGCAACAGCUCGAAGCCGAGUCACCGCAGAGCUCGGAACUGGUUCGAAAAUUCAAACAGCUCUCGCCUAGUAAAGACUACGGCGAGUUCCGCAAAAAACUGUACAAUAACUGCUUACAGAGUGCAACGGCGCGGUUGGCCGACCCUUUACCAAUUUCAAUACAAAGUGCAGAUGUGGACCUGCCCGUUUUUAGACAUCUUAGCUACGAAUUUCGAGCCCAGUUGCCUUCGGUAUCACCCAAAAGAGGUGCCCCUCGAUUCUCCAACGCCCCGGAGGUGCAGGUAACAAAUGGCGAAUCACAGUCAAUGCCAGAUUCUGGUCGGCUUGAUGAAGUCGACCAUAAGCCUUUAAAACUGAACGAGUUAACCUCAGAGGAAUACACCAACACUACCAAAAUUCUUCUUACAUCUACUGUUAAGGACGGAAACUACUUUCUUCAGAUAUUGAAAGACGAGCAAAGUCGGCUGCUGGCGCUGGCUGCUCUUGCUGAAAAAUAUGCAGAUGCCUUGUCUACAAAUGUGGAAAUCACAGAGGAUACCUUUGGCCUACUGCGAUCGGCAUCAGGUAAGGCCCGGCUUUUGGUAUCACAGAAAAUGAAACAGUUCGAGGGCCUUUGCCACAACAAUGUGAAUCGCUCACCUGAGGACGAGUUUCCAACAACAGUUGACGAUUUACAAGGAUUCUGGGACAUGGUUUAUUUACAGGUAAAACACGUUGAUUCUAUUUUCAAUGAUAUUGAAAGGCUCAAAGCAAACGACUGGAAGCGCUUAGCUGAGCCAACCAUGAUCGACCCAGUAUCAAAUAAGACGACCAAAUCCGCAAAGUUUGGAGUUUUGAAACCAAAAACGGCUGGAAAUACCAACACAACUAAUGUAAACGGCUCAAAGGCUCCUCCUCCGAAUUCGGCAGCGGCAUUAAAGCGCGAGACUCAGAGAAAGCAGUUACUGGAGAUGAAACGUCAGCGCCGUGAAGCUAUGGCCGUGGCUGCCCAAUCAUAUCAAAAAGAUUUCGAUGGCACCAUUUAUCUGACGGAAAUGAUCAGCGACAGCUCUGUCAAUCCUGUUGUUAACAACAAAAGCUAAUUAGUGUUCACUGAGAAAGCAACACAUGCUCUCUAGGUAUAAAUGUAUUUUGAAUUAACUCUUACAGCAUACUCGUACACUCAUACACAACAAAACCAUAAAUAGCUUUGAAAUUCCUAGUUGAAUUAAUACUUAACUAGUCCCAACUAAAUUUUACGUGGUGGAGCUCUUUGAUCUAACUUUAUAUUUAUAUAGAGUUGAAAUCUGGCACACAUCCAGAAGUUAACCAGUGCAUAAGGUAUCAUUUUAAAUUAUCAAAUAAAGUUGUGUUCCCUCAACAAAAGCGGCUCGCCGAAAGUUGUUUAUAAAGAUUGCCUUGUUUACGUGAGAUUUCGCUAGUUAAUCAAUUUGAUGUGCACUUUAAGUAAUUGAAAAUUGUUUGUAACAACUUGAUUACAUUUAUAAAAGACAUUUAUGCUUGUGUAAUAAUUUUUAAGUAAAACAAACACUAACAAAUCAUUUGCAUUACAUACAUUUAUAUUUUUAUAAUAAUUUUUGUAAAAGUACCACAUCUAAAUUAUAAUCGGAAUAUAUACAAAACUUGGAGCAGCUGCAUUACCAGACACAAAAAUUUUUAAAUUGUACAGUUGCCAGCAAAAACAAAAUCUCACCCGAUUAUUUAAUAUUUUGU